GAUUAGAUACUGAAAUGGCAUAUUUAAAAAAGAUGAGACGCCAUUUCUGUGAUGUUUAUAACUAUGUAUAGUGUCUUAACUUUCUUUUUCAAAUAACCAAGAAAAAUUGAAUGUCCUGAGUUGUGUGUGUAACUUUCUUAAGAUGGAAAGCUCAAACUCCGAUUCGUCUGCUACUAUACCCGACAGCUCCACUUUCGAACCCGGCUCCGACUCCGACUCCGACUGCGAAACUGGAACUGAUGAGGAAAAUCUUGUUAGUCCUUAUGAAGAAGGUGAGAAGGUUCUUGCUUCUCACAGUCAAGACAUUUAUUUAGCCAAGGUGAUAAAAGUUGAAUGUCAUGCCAAGGAAUGGCAUUAUUAUGUUCAUUACCAUGGCUGGAACAAAAAUUGGGAUGAAUGGGUUGGAGAGGAUCGUCUGAUGAAACAUACUGAAGAGAAUGAACUGAAAUUCCUCAAUAGAAAGCAGUACUUGGCAAGGAAUUCAAUAGCCGGCCAUGAAUCACUUAUCAAACCCAAAAAUUCCAAGGUUGCAAGGGGUAGGAAGCGGAAAAAUAACUCUCUCAGUAAGGAAAAAUGUGUUCUACCCUUGGAAAAAAAUGCGAAUCUCCAAAUUCCACCAAUGCUAAAGAAGCAACUUGUUGAUGAUUGUGAAUUUAUCACUCAUCUGGGAAAGCUUGUUAAACUUCCUCGUACCCCUAAUGUGGAUGACGUCAUGAAGAAGUAUCUUGAUUACAGGUUAAAGAAAGAUGGCUUAAUCUCUGAAGCGGUUGGAGAAAUUACAAAAGGUUUAUCUUGUUACUUCAACACGGCAUUGCCAGUGAUGCUUUUGUACAAAUGUGAACGUGCACAAUAUGCUGAUGUCAUUAAAGAUGACGCCUCUCCCUCAUCAGUAUAUGGUGCUGAGCAUCUAUUACGCUUGUUUGUGAAGUUACCAGAGUUGUUAGUCUCUGCAAACAUUGAAGACGCGACAGUGAUGGAGUUGCAGCAACAAUUAGUUAACUUUCUCAAGUUUCUACAGAAAAAUCAGAGUGUUUUUUUCCUCUCUACUUACCAUGUCCUGGAAGAUACUGAAACAAGCACCAAUCGGCGAGAUGAUUAGGUUGGGCGGGUAUAAGAGCUGGAGGUUUGUACAUAUUAUAUAAUAGAAUUACAGUUGUAGAUACAAGAUGAUGAAGUAAUGCGAAUCUUUUUAUUUAAUCCUAUAAAAAAAUGCGUAUUUUUUUUA